AUGGACGUACUCGAAUUACCUCGACCUGUUAUCAAUUUCCUUCGAACAAUGGCGAAAGAAAGCUGUCGUUAUGCUCUAUCAUGGGAUAUUUUUGGUGGACCUGAUUCCGUAACAUUGACAUUGACAUGGAAACUGAUCGAUGAAGAAUCGCAAUCAUCAAUGAUCAACGAAGCAGCAGCAUCCUUGAAACAACAGCAACAACAAAAUUACGAUGAUACUUUUAAUCGUAUACGCUCGACAACUAAAACGAAUACGUCAACAUCUUCACCACGUCGUUCACGUCGUGAUGAUCACACUUCUUCAAAUGAAAAUGCUUCCGUGCCAGCUAUAUUUCGUUCAUCUCGAGGCAAAAGUCUUGAAGAUCCUCCGAUACAUUCAAGUAAACAAAUGACAUCUCAUCAGCAUCAUCCUCAACAUCAACUACAACAUACGAAAGAACAUUCACAUGUAUCUAGUUUAGAACGAACAACAGUACCUAAUCACUAUCAACAUCAUCAUCGGACAAAGAAAGAACAACAACAACAACAACAACAACAGCAACAAAAGCAAGUGCCAAUACUGUCAGAUCAGACCUACGGUAAACUUUACGAUACACGUUCAUCGCCAGUUGUUAAGUGUGCUACUGUAUCUUCACUAUCGAGUUCUUCGCCAUCUCCUCAACCGAAUAAUAAUAAUAUUAAUAAUAACCCAUCUUUAUCUGCUACAUUUACUCAUAAUCAGCGAGCUAAGCCACAGCAAUUACAAUCAACAACUCCGCCAACUUCACGCAAAACGAUACGUCCAUUGACUAAUAUAUCUCGCACACCAACUUUACCGCUCACUAGUCCUACAGCGACAAAUUAUACGAAGCUAAAACGAAACGAUAAUAUUGCACUUCGUAACGACUUUGACGAUGACGAUGAUGACGAUAAUACGCUGGACCCGUGGGUAAAACGUUUCGAAUGUUCACUUGGAGACCAUGACGAGGAAAGUACGGAACAUUCAGAAGAAAAAGAAGCUAUGCCGAGCUCAGCUACACUUCUCCCUAACCUAGAUGAUGCUGCAAAUACAUCUGGCAAAGUAAAAUUUAAGACUAAACCUGAUUAUUUCUAA